GUUGGCCCUGGGCGUCAGGACAGAUGCCGCGGGCAGAGAACCCGGCGGCAGAGCUGGGCAUGGUGCUGUUGGCCAGGACCUGAGGGGGGAAUCCAGGGUCUGCAGGCUCUCCGCAGCUGCCGCCCACCCCCUCCCCCACUCCGGGAGGUGCUGUCCCCACGGAGCCACGUCCUGGUCCCCACGGUCGCCAGCGGCUGACAUCAGCAGCCCCCUCAGCGGGCUGAGCUGAGGCCGGGCCGGGCCGCGCCAGGCGCAGACACGCGGCCCUUGUUGACGGACAGAGAGAGACUCUUGUCCCAGCCGGGCUGCAAGAGCUGCUGCUCUGGGCGCAUCUCCCCGCCAAGCAGAACUCUUCUUCGGGACCCUCCUGCAGAAUGGACACGCCUCCCACGGGGACCGCCAGCCCCCAGCCCUCAAGGGCCCAUGGCAACAUCAACCUGGGGCCUUCGGCCAACCCAAACGCCCGGCCCACGGACUUCGACUUCCUCAAGGUCAUUGGCAAAGGGAACUACGGGAAGGUGCUGCUGGCCAAGCGCAAGUCCGACGGGGUGUUCUACGCCGUGAAGGUGCUGCAGAAAAAAUCGGUGUUGAAGAAGAAAGAGCAAGGUCACAUCAUGGCGGAACGCAGUGUCCUCCUGAAGACCGUGCGACACCCCUUCCUCGUGGGCCUGCGCUACUCCUUCCAGACGCCCGAGAAGCUCUACUUCGUGCUGGACUACGUCAACGGGGGUGAGCUCUUCUUCCACCUGCAGCGCGAACGCCGCUUCCUGGAGCCCCGGGCCCGGUUCUACGCUGCCGAGGUGGCCAGUGCCGUUGGCUACCUGCACUCGCUCAACAUCAUCUACCGGGACCUGAAGCCCGAGAACAUUCUCCUGGACAGCCAGGGUCACGUGGUGCUGACGGAUUUUGGCCUCUGCAAGGAAGGUGUCGAGCCCGAGGAGACCACAUCCACCUUCUGUGGCACCCCCGAGUACUUGGCUCCGGAAGUGCUUCGGAAAGAACCUUAUGACAGGGCAGUGGACUGGUGGUGCCUAGGGGCGGUUCUCUACGAGAUGCUACAUGGCCUGCCCCCCUUCUACAACCAGGAUGUGUCCCAGAUGUACGAGAACAUUCUGCACCAACCCCUCCAGAUCCCCGUGGGCCGCACGGUGGCAGCCUGUGACCUCCUGCAGGGCCUGCUCCACAAGGACCCCCGGCAGCGGCUGGGCUCGGAGGCUGAUUUUCUGGACAUACAGAACCACGUGUUCUUCAGCCCCAUAAACUGGGAUGACUUGUACCACAAGAGGGUGACUCCACCCUUCAACCCAAAUGUGGCUGGUCCCGCCGACUUGAGACACUUUGACCCCGAGUUCACGCAGGAGGCCGUGUCCAAGUCCAUCGGCUGUACCCCUGACGCCAUGGCCAGUAGCUCCGGGGCCUCCAGUGCUUUCCUGGGCUUUUCCUACGCACCCGACGACGACGAGGCCAUCCUGGACAGCUAGAAGAGUAGCCCCCGUGGAAACGCAUUCACAGGCCCUGUCACAGCCCUCGGGGUCAUCGGACACUUCUUGUGUUUCUGCUCUGCCACCUCUGUCCUGGACUUCUGUGGCAGUGACCUGGGUUGGGCCUAAUUCAGGCACUUGCCCUGUAUGCGGCCAGCCUGGUCCUCAGAGUACUGCCAGGAGCACCCCUCAACCACAGGACUUGGAGGAGCCCCUGAGCAUUGCCAGGUGUUUUCCCCUGAAAAAAAAAGAGCCAAAAGCCACCUUUUCAGAGCUUCUCGGGAAGCACAGCCCUUGGCCCCACACCUGCCUGGGGCUUGUUGGGCUUGUUUGCAGGGCAAGUGACUGUCGGAAUCCCAAAGGGGCUGCCUGGAUCUCUUUUAUCUUAUUGGGUCACAUCCAGUGAUGCACAGGGGUUCCUCCUGGUGGUGCAUAUGGAAUGCUGGGAAUCGAACCCGGGUUGCCCACGUGCAAGGCAAACACCCUACAUGCUGUACUAUGGCUCCAGGCCCUUGCCCUGGGCCUUGGGGAAGGCCGAGAUGCUGGAUAGACCCACCACAGUGCAGCAGUGGCCUUUUGAGGCCUGAGUUCUAAUCUCAGGGUUCAGAAUAACAGAGCUGUAACGAGCCCAGAGCAUCUCAGCCACAUGUUCUGAUCUUUGACGCUGUCUAUGUCAUGCAUGGUCUGGACAUUUAUUAAGGGCUCUGUCUGCCUGGUUUCUGAACCCUUCCUAGAUUCAGGGAAUCCUUUCCUUGAUGAUUGUUUUUGAGGGGUGGGGAGAGAGGUAAGCACUACCUCCGUCCUUAACUAAAAGCACUAGACCCCCACGUUUUUCUUCUACUGCAGCUAGGCUUCACCUGGGCCAAAUUCUGACUCAAAGAAACAACAGCAGGGGUGUCCUGAGAUCUCGCAUGCUUGAAGUGUGCCCUGUAAUUGCUGGGCCACAUUCCUGGCUCCAAGGAAAAAACUUUAUUGUUUGUUUGUUUGUUUAGGGCCCCACCUGGCGAUGCUCAGGAAUUACUCCUGGUGGUGCUCGAAGGGCCAUAUGGGAUAUCAGGAUAGAUCUCAGGUUGCCAUGGCCAAGGCAAGUGCCCCACCCACUGUCCUAGCUCUCCAGCCCAAGAAGAAACUUCCCAACGUGUAUGUGUGCUCAUGACUUUACUGCCUUUUCCUCUUAACUCCACUUCCGGUUUUGUUUAGUCAGUCCCCUGCCCAGAAAUUAUGAGCCUGGAGGAUGGAAAACACCCGUAACACAGACACUGACUGACCUGUAAGAGAGAAAGCAGGGCCAGGAGGAUGUCCUGUCACCCACUGACAGUGCCGAGAACUCUACGACACUAUUUUAAUUUUUUUUUUUUUUGGCUUUUUGAGCCACACCAGCAGUGCUCAGGGGUUACUCCUGACUCUGCACUCACUCAGGAAUUACUCCUGGCAGUGCUCAGGGAACCAUAUGAGAUGCUGGGAAUCGAACCCAGGUUGGCCAUGUGCAAGACAAACGCCCUACCCACUGUACUAUCGCUCCAGCCUCACUAUUUUGAUUUUUGAUUUUUAUCUUCACAGUGUCUGUUCAAGGAGAAAUGUGGACCAUGGGAGGGAGGGACCAAAAUGUCUCCGGUUUCUCUAGGUGAAAAAGCAAGGGUGGAGACCAGGAAGAGAACAGCGGGCAAGAUACCUGUCUUGCACCUGGUCCAACCCAGUUCGAUCCCUGCCACCACAUAGGAGACCCACCAGGAGUGAUCCCUGAGCCCAGAGCUGGGAGGAAGCCUUGAGCACCAUGACGUGUGUCCCCAAACCGAACCAAAACAGAAAACAACAAGAGUGUCAGAAAUGUUUGUGACAAUACUGCCAAAGUCCACAGUCCAGUUGGGGCUGUGAGACGCCUAGUCUUUUUUUUUUUUAAUUUAAUUUUAUUUUUAUAAAGUUGUUCACAAUAGUUCAUUACAGAAAAUAUUCAAACACUAAUCCCACCACCAUGCACCUUCCCACAACAGGAAAGUGUGUGAAGAUUGUUGUGUUUCAUCCUGGAGUAAUUUAAGCCCUUGUAUGAGAUUGCAAACAUAUAUGUUAAACCCAAACAAAUGUGUGCUACUUUUGGUACAUCAGUGGGCUAGAGUAUAAGAGACCACCCAGUAUGUUCUGUGUUGCUCUCUUUUGGGAGCUUUAUUUCACAGUCUCUGGAUCCCAGCCGUUGAUGAUAUUACAUGCCACCUGAGGCAGCUUGUGGGUGUGACUGCCAAGCUACUGGAAAACUGGGGAGCUGUCAAAAAGCAAAAAAAUAAAAAUUGAAAAAAAAAAAAGCUGGAGCGACAGCACAGAGGGUAGGGUGUUUGCCUUGCCCACGGCUGACCUGGGAUGAUUCCCAGCAUCCAGUAUGAUUCCCUGAGCACCUCGGGGGUAACUCCUGAGUGCAGAGCCAGGAGUAACCCCUGUGCAUCACCGGGUAUGACCCAAAAAGCAAAAAAAGAAAAGAAAGAAAAGAAAAAACUGGGAGCUGGGGGGAGGAAGUCUAGUCCGGUUCCAAGCGAACUUGGAGAUCUCAGUCAUGGGUCCCGCAUACCUGGAUUUUUCUGAAAGUUUCCCCAUACAUGAGGCUCAUCUGAGCUUGUGGAGAGUGGCCUUGUAUGGCUGGGUUCUGGAGGUUUUCGGAUGUAGGGGUUUUGCUGGGAGGGGGAGAGAAACUCAAUCUGCCCUCCUCUGAGUUGCCUCCGUGAAGACAGCUUGGUAUGGGGUCAGGACAUUCUGUCCAGAUUCUGACUCUACGCCUGUAAAACUUGGAAAGCAGUAGAGUGUGUGGGGGGGGAAGCUUCCCCCUUACACACAGCUGACCCCAGUUCUACAUUUG